AUGGCCUCCUUCCCAUCCCCGAUCCCCUUCCCCUCUCUUCCUUCACUUUUCGCACCCGGCGCCGACCUGUCAGCACCGGACCCCAUCGCAGAGUCCCAGAUCCGCAACACCCUUGCCACCUACACCUUCUCCAUCGACUCCAAGAACUUCACCGCCCUCUCCUCCGUCUUCCACCCGGACGCCGUGGCCAACUACUCCGAGCCCAUCAACGUCAUCUCGGGCCUGCCAGAGAUCACCGCCACGCUCGAGGCCUCGCUGGCACUGUUUGCGGGGACGCAGCAUAACUAUGGCACGCAGGCGAUCCGGGUUUACGACGAGGGAGCAUGUGCCAGGGCUGUUACGUACUACACUGCAGCUCAUUUUGGGAAGGGGGAGGCUGAGGGCCAAGUGCUUUAUGCAUAUGGACAGUAUCAGGAUUUGCUCACACCUUCGGAACAAGGGCAAUGGCUGAUUAAGGAGAGGAAUCUGGUUUAUAUGGGGCCAUUCGUUGGAAACCUAUCGGCGUUUGUGGGCACCAGUUGA